GCCGAUUUCCUAAAUCAAAACAAUUUUUCUUUCGUUCCGUUUCUGUAUUAUUCAAACAAUAGUCAUUGUACACAGAUAUCAUUUCCUUCCCCUUCAAACCAAUUAAUUUCUAUUUUUGAACAAUUCGAGCUAUUUUUACCCCCCUCCACACUUUCCCCAUGGCAGACGACACAAAUAAUGAGGAGUUGAUACUCACGCAAUACUCCCAAGACCAAUUCCAAGUCCCAACUUCAGGAUGGUGGGAAGAAGCUAAUCUAGCUUUCCAAACAUUACAAAAACUUCUGGACCCGCAAGGCUUGGGUCCAGAAGAAGACCUUGAUAGCCAAGAUCAAGGAGGUAUUCCAAGCGCUCGUCGUGCUCGCAUUGGCGCCCUUCCAAAGCUUGUCUGUUUUGCUACUGGGAGCCACGCCAUACAGUGUACGGCAAGAAACGAAACAUUGGAAUGCGUGGUUUUUGGAACUAUUUCAGCAAGUUUGUUUAUAGAUGUUUUUUGGGAGGCAAUCCAAAAGGCUCAAGUUGAGUACCCGGAUGCGGGUAUUGUUGUGUCAUCGGUUCAGCCAGGCGCACAUCCAGUGUUUAUCAUACGAAUCAAUGAUUUCGUUUUCGAGGUUAAUUAUGGUUGUUGUGAGCCUUUUGUGAGAAGAACUGUUGCUCACAUAUCAAAUAGCCAUAACCAAUCGCCUCAAAAUAUUCCACUAGCGGCCCUCCAAUACUGUGACGAAUGGUCGUCACAACAAGCCACCAGAAUUCUUUGGUUGAUCGAUUUCGCUCAAAAGUUUGAAACAGACAAUACCCUACGCCGUGCCUACCACUACAUCAGAGCAUGGGCAACGAUUCAAGGACUGUAUGGAAGUUCUAAGAUUGGAACUCUCACCCCCAUUUCCAUCGUCGCCCUUUUACGGCACUCAUUAUCAUCAGAUUCCGAACCACAUCAUGUGACACCCAAUGAUGCAGAGACUCCGGAUCAAAAGUGUGACAAUUCGAUAAUCGCCUCCUUAUCAUCAGGUAUGGGAUCAGAAUCAUUCCAAGAGAACCUCGAUUUCAAAACUAUAAUCCGUCAAUUUUUUACCUACUAUGGAAAGGUUCCAGAAAUUGACCUCACGCCCUAUUAUAUGGAAUGCGGUAAUGGUCUCUUCAACGAUGACGAGGAUGAAUAUCUAACCGAAAACCAACUCACUCAAUGGACCAAUAUCUAUAACCUCUACCAUCUUCAAAGUGUAGAUAGAUCAACCCUCGAACUCCUCUACCUAAAAUUCCAGCUCAUGAACUCCAUCAUCGAAAGUACACCCGCAGAAAGACAUCCCCAUUUCUCAUUCUGGAAAAAUCUCCUCGCGAGUAUUCAACAACAGAACAUAUCGGCUAAACUUGUGGGCGAAGACGUCAUUCAGAUAGACUUCAUGUAUUCAGGUACUUCCUCACUGGAAUGUGGAAGAUGGCUGGAUAUGCUUGGUGAUAAAUUGGUAGAAUUGAGGAGUUCUCUAACAGACCUCACAUCUUCCUCUUCCUCUCCCUCUUCACCCUCUCCCUCAAUCCUUCAUCUAUGGCCUCAGCCCCUAGUCGAUCAAGAAGCAGAUGAUUCCUCUCCCUUCUACGAAGGAUGUUUUCUCCUCGGCAUCAAAACCGCCGCACCCCCAGACCUCAACUCCACCCUCGAAAAAUGGCUUUCCUCACUCCAGAAAGACAAAGCCACACCCCCAAACCAAAAAGGUUAUCUAUCCUACACCAUCCACACCUCCUCAUCCUUAGAAACAUCCCAUUUCCAUCUCCGACCCAGCACCCGUACCUUUCAAGCCCCCUCCAUCCCCCCACCCAACCCCUCCCCCCCAACCAUCUCCCCCUCUCAAACCCUAACCCCAACCCCAACCCCCUUCCCCUCUCUCUCUCCAAACCCCUCCCCACACAAAAAUCCCCACCCCUCCGCACCGCAAAAAAUAUUCUCCACCGUCUCCUCCACGACCCCUCCUACACCAUCGAAAACCACCUCAUCGGCUAUCGCGAUCGCCACGCCGGCAUCAUGUUCAAAAAUGCUUCCGACUGGAAACUCGAUCCCAUGGACGAGGAGUGGAUUCCCGAACAUAAAGUCUUGUACUUUAUCCAAGUCCUCCCCAAAAACAAAAAGAAAUUCAUCUGGCACCGCGAACACAAACUCGAUCUCCUCUUCGGAAGCGGCGGAUCCAUUUCGCGCUGGGGAAUCAACGGCGAGAAAUUCAAUAUCGAGGUUCCUGGAUCUAUUCAAUAGAGAAAUGCCAGGGUGGUGUUGUUGGUAUCAUAUUUAGAUCACAUAAAAUACAGAACAUAUGGGCCAAAAAAUAUC